AUGCCUAUUGAAAUACGUCUUGUUCGCAUAUCUGAAGGUCUCUUUGCGGUGGCUCAGCUCUGUACAGCUAUGUUUUGGGGUCGACUGUCUGAUCGAGUCGGAAGGAAGCCGGAGAUGCUGAUCGGACUUUUUGGGAUGGCUAUCAGUGUAAUCGCCUUCGGCCUACAAAAGACAUACCUCGGAUUAAUUAUCUCUCGCUUCAUAGCUGGAAUGAUGAAUGGUGGGCUGAUCUUCAUUGUGGCCGAGAUUACAGAUCCGACAAAUUAUGCUGAUGCGGUGUCUUUGCUUCCAUUGUCAUUCGCAAUUGGAUCAAUCAUUGGUCCUAUUGUCGGAGGUUUCUUGGCUUUACCAGCUCAGAAUCUUCCUUUUCUUUUCGGAAAUUGUGCUUUCUUGAUCGAAUAUCCUUACCUCUUACCUUGUCUCAUUGGUGGAAUGUUGAAUUUUCUCGCGAUCAUCCUUGGAAUCUUUUGCUUAGAAGAGACGUUGGAACGCAAGCCACGAAAUGGGACGCAAAGACCGACACCAUCACAAGGUUACGAAGCCUUGUCAUCUGCUGAUUAUGACUCUCGGCCAAUCGUAUCACCCCCGCAUAGUAUCAGGUCAUUAUGUACCGUACCGAUCAUGACUCUGAUGUUGACGUUCACAAUGAUUCACAUCAACAAUGGUGCCUUGGUGGCUGUGAUUCCACUUUAUGCAUACACAAAGGUGGUAAACGGCGGGCUGGGGAUGUCGCUUGACCAGAUUGGAUUCAUUCUCAGUGUGAAUGGAGUAGGACUAAUCUUUGUUCAGCUCUUCCUUUUUCCACCUCUUCAAAGACGAUUUGGAGCGGUUAAUCUCUACAAGUGGUCGGUUCCGACCUUUACCAUCACAAACCUUUGUCUACCCAUUGUGACCUACUUAGUCCAUAUCAAAGGCAACACUUCCACCAUGUCAUUGGCGUACAUGUCAGUCAUCAUGAUCAUGAGAAGUCCAGGUGUGAUGUGCUUUGGUCUUGUGCUCAAUGAUGCUUGUCAACAUGCUUUCACCCAGCUCGUCAUCUUUGGGAACGUUGAAUGGGAUAAUGCAGCUCUUGCACAAGCCAUUAGUCCUAUGUUAGGUACUUCAUUAUUUGCCAUAAGUAUUUCAAGUGGAAUACUUGGUGGUAAUUUAGUUUGGAUAGUAUUAGGCUUGUACUCGCUCAAAUAA